AUGAAGCUUGAAAUAGAGAUGUUUGAUGGUAAUGUGGAUUUUAGAAUUUGGAGAAGGAAGAUUAAAGGAAUGUUGGCUUCUCAAAAGUUAUUGCGUGUUCUUGAAGAUCCCAUUUCAUGGCCUGAAGGUACUACAAAAGAUCAAAAAGAAGAAAUGCUUGAAUCAGCCAUUGGGAUUAUGCUUUUUCAUUUGUCGGACUCCAUCAUUAGAAUGUUGAGUAGUAGCAAGAGUUUGGAGCAGAAUUUGGAUGAGUUCCUAAGGAUGAACAUUGAGUUGGCUAACUCUGGAGAAGGAGAAGCUUUAAGUGAUGAAAACCAAACAAUUAUCAUUUUAAAUUCUCUGCCUGAAUCGUUUAAGGAGGUCAAAAGUGCUAUCAAGUAUGGUUGUACAUCAAUUACUUUAGAAGAAGUAAUUUCGGCAUUGAAAUCAAAGGAUUUAGAGUUCAAAUAA